AUGGAGAGCUCGCUGUUCCUAGUGGAGAUCGGCGGCAACGAUUACAUCCACCCCUUGUUCCAGAACAACACGCUGGGCUGGGUGAAGCCCCUGGUGCCCCUCGUCAUCGGCUCCAUCGGAUCGGCCCUGGAGGCGCUCAUCCAGCUCGGCGCCACGACGGUGUACGUGCCGGGCGUCUUCCCGCUGGGCUGCUCCCCGCGGCACCUCUUCCUCUUCCGCGGCGUCAGCACCGCCGGCGACUACGACCCCGCCACCGGCUGCCUCCGGUGGCUGAACGACCUCACCGCCCUCCACAACAGCCUCCUCCGCGCGAAGCUCGCCCAGCUCCGCCGCGACCACCCGGGCGUCUCCCUCGUCUACGUCGACUACUACGGCAAGAUCAUGGACGCCGUCGCCUCCCCGGCGGCGGGCCCUACAACGGCAACUUCACCGUCCACUGCUCGGAGCCGGGCGCCGUGCUGUGCCCCGACCCGUCUGUCUACGUGUCCUGGGACGGGCUGCACUUCACCGAGGCCAUGUACAAGAUCAUGGCCCGGGACCUGUUCCCGAAUGUUUUGUUCACGCUGGAGUCAUAGAUGCUGA